UCCGUCCAGUUCCGUCCCGUCCACCACCACCACCAACAACAAAGCAGAUCACCAACAACAACCGCAACCAUGUCGAUUCCCGUGGUAACCACCAUUGAGCUCCAGUCGCUGCCCAAGUUGACCAGCGGCAAGGUCCGCGACCUGUAUGAGAUUGAUGACAAGACACUGCUGUUCGUUACUACCGACCGCAUUUCGGCGUACGAUGUCAUCAUGGCCAAUGGUGUCCCCCAGAAGGGCGCCAUCCUCACACAGCUUACUGCUCACUGGUUCAAAGUCCUCGGGGAGCGGAUUCCAGGUCUCAAGACGCAUUUCAUCAGCCUCACUCCUCCCCCCUCGGUCAGCGAUGAAGACAAGUCCUUGAUCCGGGGCCGUAGCAUGCAGGUCAGGAAGCUCAAGGUCUUCCCCAUCGAAGCUAUCGUUCGUGGCUAUAUUACUGGUAGCGCCUGGAACGAAUAUCAGAAGACGGGCACGGUCCACGGCAUCCCCCAACCUGCCGGCCUUCAGCAAUGCUCUCCUUUCCCCAAGCCCCUGUACACCCCGAGCACUAAGGCAGAGCUGGGCGACCACGACGAGAACAUCUCCCCCGAGAAGGCGGCCGAGAUUGUUGGAGACAAGUACGCGGCGCGCAUUGAGGAGUUGGCGCUCAAGG